AUGGGCAUAUCUCAUACCCAACUACUCACCCCGUUAUCAUCUACUACAACGGAAAGUAUUGAGAACUCUAGCCAUGCAAGACGCGUCACGGCGAUGGGCACAACCACGUCCGAAGAGGACACUGGACUUCAUCGUGGCACACGCGAAGGUUUCUAUGGUUCAUCUUCAGCCGCCUCAUUUUUGAAGGAGACUUGUGGAACAGCAAUACCACCCUCAACCCAUACGACCAACCCUCAAACUUGUACUUCGCAGCCUACACAUCUCUUUGGCGAUGUCGAAAAGUUUGCUCUUCCUCCACGGCGUCUUGCAGAUCACCUCGUAGAGAGGUAUUUCGAGCGCAUUUACUGGAUCUAUCCCGUAUUCGAUAAGCAAGCUUUUGAGCAUGGUUAUAGCUCACUUUGGGUACCUAGCGGGCAGACUACAUGUCCAGAAGAGUACCAGAACCUGGGGUUAGGUGAAGAUGCCACCACUGUUGCUUUCUUCACUUCCCUAAACGCCAUCUUUGCGCUAGGAUGCAUCUUCUCAAAUCUUUCUACGGCAGCCAAGACCAAGGCUUACGAAGUUUUCUUCAGCCGAGCCAAGGAUAAAGUUAACCUUGAACUACUAGACAUAAAUGACCUCAGUGUCGUGCAAACUCUUGUACUAGUCGCUCUGGUGCUGCAAGGUACUUCGUUUCCAGAUCGCUGCUGGAAUACUACCGGGCUAGCUUGUCGAGUGGCACAGGGUCUGGGCCUGCAUAGUUUACCACCCUAUAACCAGCAAGAGUCGCGGGUACAACGUAUCCGACGCAGGACAUGGCACGGCUGCAUUGUGCUAGAUACGCUGGUGAGCAUGACCUUUGGUCGACCGACGAUGAUUACCAAUAUCUCUACACUUUCUUUGCCAGGAAGGACUGUUUCCAACUUUCAGAAUACCGAGGAUCACGAAGGUGUCAAACUGUUGUUCCAAAUAGAGGCCGUUCGUCUGAGUAUAAUCCUAGACAGUAUGCUGUCAAAGGUGUACAGACCGUGGCAUUGUAAACUGCCUCAUGGUGACCAGGGUGCGGAGAGCAAUAGUCAGAGCAUGGACGUCUUUGCCGAGCUACAAGGACAGCUUCGUGCUUUCGAGCUUGGACUUCCGAGCUUUCUCUCCUGGCAUGAGCCUACUGCUGGAGACUCGAUUCCGCUACACGAGGCUACGGUUCUCGCUAUUCAGAGAAACGUGUUACAGUCGCGUCAUGCUGUACCGCCCAAUCUUAAGUCAACUCCUAGCUCUGAGUACCUCCCAGGACGCCGGUGA